CCGGACCCUUCCCUCGGCAGAGAGGGCUGUCCUGCGGAAAGAAGGGCGUCUGCAGGGAGGGAUUGGCGGAGACCGUGCAGAAGAAGCUCCAGGCCGAAGUGGAGAAGGAACAGCAGGUAACUUCUGAAAAAGCUCUGCAAAGAAUACGUUGUGAGAGCUUUGCCCAAGGAGUGCUCUAAGUCUAAAGGGACUUCAAAAUACACAGCAAUGACAACAAGAAAAAAUAAGUAGUAAAAAUAUAUUUCAAGCUACAAACCUAUGCAGUUAAGAGGAGGAAAUAAGAUUGUGCUGAAAAAAGAGAGGCUUGGGAAAGCGAGCAGAAGGCUACAGCAAUACAAAGACUGUGCUGCUCAGGAGGUUAUAUCUGUGAACCCCUGGCAUAAUAUUUGAAUUAUAAAUAUAAAAGAAUGGCAAGUCCUCUACCUCCCUAUCCUAGAUCACACACAGGGGAGAAGUUACAUCAGUGUAUGGAAUGUGGGAAACAAUUUGAUUGGAAAAGUUCUCUUACUAGACAUGAAAGGACCCACACAGGGGAGAAGCCAUAUGAAUGUGUGGAAUGUGGAAAGAGCUUCAGUCAGAGUGACAAAUUACGUUCCCAUCAAAGGACCCACACAGGGGAGAAGCCAUAUAAGUGCAUAGAAUGUGGAGAGAGCUUCAGCCGGAGUGACAAUCUACAUUCCCAUCAAAGGACCCACACAGGGGAGAAGCCAUAUAAAUGCAUGGAAUGUGGAGAAAACUUCAGUCGCAGUGGCAGUCUACGUUCCCAUCAAAGGACCCACACAGGGGAGAAGCCCUAUAAAUGCAUGGAAUGUGGAGAAAACUUCAGUCACAGUGGCAGUCUACGUUCCCAUCAAAGGAAGCACACAGGGGAGAAGCCAUAUAAAUGCAUAGAAUGUGGAGAAAGCUUCAGUCGGAGUGACAGUCUACGUUCCCAUCAAAGGAAGCACACAGGGGAGAAGCCCUAUAAAUGCAUAGAAUGUGGAGAAAGCUUCAGUCGGAGUGACAGUCUACGUUCCCAUCAAAGGAAGCACACAGGGGAGAAGCCCUAUAAAUGCAUGGAAUGUGGAGAAAACUUCAGUCACAGUGGCAGUCUAUGUUCCCAUCAAAAGAAGCACACAGGGGAGAAGCCACAUAAAUGCAUAGAAUGUGGAGAAAGCUUCAGUCGGAGAGACAAACUACGUUCCCAUCAAAGGACCCACACAGGGGAGAAGCCAUAUAAAUGCAUAGAAUGUGGAGAAAGCUUCAGUCGGAGAGACAAUCGACGUUCCCAUCAAAGGACCCACACAGGGGAGAAGCCAUAUAAAUGCAUGGAAUGUGGAGAAAACUUCAGUCGGAGUGACAGUCUAUGUUCCCAUCAAAGGACCCACACAGGGGAGAAGCCCUAUAAAUGCAUAGAAUGUGGAGAAAGCUUCAGUCGGAGUGACAGUCUAUGUUCCCAUCAAAGGACCCACACAGGGGAGAAGCCACAUAAAUGCAUAGAAUGUGGAAAGAGUUUCAGUCAGAGUGGACAUCUACGUUCCCAUCAAAGGACCCACACAGGGGAGAAGCCACAUAAAUGCAUAGAAUGUGGAGAAAGCUUCAGUCGGAGUGACAGUCUACGUUCCCAUCAAAGGAAGCACACAGGGGAGAAGCCCUAUAAAUGCAUGGAAUGUGGAGAAAACUUCAGUCACAGUGGCAGUCUACGUUCCCAUCAAAAGAAGCACACAGGGGAGAAGCCACAUAAAUGCAUAGAAUGUGGAGAAAGCUUCAGUCGGAGAGACAAACUACGUUCCCAUCAAAGGACCCACACAGGGGAGAAGCCAUAUAAAUGCAUAGAAUGUGGAGAAAGCUUCAGUCGGAGAGACAAUCUACGUUCCCAUCAAAGGACCCACACAGGGGAGAAGCCAUAUAAAUGCAUAGAAUGUGGAGAAAGCUUCAGUCGGAGAGACAGUCUACGUUCCCAUCAAAGGACCCACACAGGUGAGAAGCCAUAUAAAUGCAUAGAAUGUGGAAAGAGUUUCAGUCAGAGUGGACAUCUACGUUCUCAUCAAAGGACCCACACAGGGGAGAAGCCACAUAAAUGCAUGAAAUGUGGAGAAAGCUUCAGUCAGAGUGGCAGUCUACGUUCCCAUCAAAAGACCCACACAGGGGAGAAGCCACAUAAAUGCAUGAAAUGUGGAGAAAGCUUCAGUCAGAGUGGCAGUCUACGUUCCCAUCAAAAGACCCACACAGGGGAGAAGCCACAUAAAUGCAUGAAAUGUGGAGAAAGCUUCAGUCAGAGUGGCAGUCUACGUUCCCAUCAAAGGACCCACACAGGGGAGAAGCCAUAUAAAUGCAUAGAAUGUAGAGAAAGCCUCAGUCAGAGUGACAGUCUACGUUCCCAUCAAAGGACCCACACAGGGGAGAAGCCAUAUAAAUGCAUAGAAUGUGGAAAGAGCUUCAGUCAGAGUGACAGUCUACGUUCCCAUCAAAGGACCCACACAGAGGAGAAGUCACCUUAAUGCACGGAAUAGGAACAGAGCUUUAGAAAAAGUUCAGCAUACAGUAGAUAUCACAGAACUCAUGUACCUCUAGAGGAGACGGGCCUUUGAGUUUCCGAAUCUAUAAAAACACAUUGGAAGGAAAGAGGAAGGCCAGCACCUUGCUCUCUCUCCACCAUGAAUCGGAGUUUGUGUGGCCUUGGUUGACGGCUACUGGGAGCAGGUGUCACUCAGAAUGGCAGCAAGCUUGGAAGGGGUUCACCUAACCUCCUCCGCAAAGAGACCCAUCACAGGCUUCUAGGAUGAUGUGUGAAGGUUUGCUGAAAUGAGCAGCAGCAGAGAUCUCUGGAUUAAAGGGUUCUGAAAAAGAAUAGCUCUUUGGUUGCAGAUAACGUCGUAUCUUCAUACUCCUGUCUUAUUUCUUGGCUCUUCUGCAUUCAAUGGCAUCAAUUUUUUCCCAUGCAUGUGUACUGUAUGUACUGUGAUCUGUCCUGAGUCCCUUGGUUGAAAUUUUGGGUGCUAGCCCUGUACUUUUAACCCUUUUCUGGACUUUGUUGUAUCCUGAAUCAUUGACUCUAAAUUCUGGACUGACGUCUAGGUUUCGUAUAUGGACUUGGACUUUGUUUGUAUCCCUGAUUUUCUGGCUUGACUUUGGGACUCUAAAUUCGGUUUGUACUCUUGAUUUCUUGGUUGUUGUUUUAUCAACUCAGCUGAAUGAACUCCUGGCAUGUGACUGUUGGGACUGUGACCUUGGUUCUUGUUAAUUUUCACUCCUGACCUGUAUCUGCAGUACUCAACUUGUCCGCAAUAAUUGGACUCUUGACCUGCACUUGUAUUCAUUGUUCCUUGAACUGUGUUGCUCCAAUUAUUUUAGCUCAGUGGUUCCCAACCUUUUUUUAACUAGGGAUCAUUUGACAAGGGACCACUCUCCAAAAUUAGUACCAGAAGGGUUAUAAAUCAGUUUUUGGUCAACUUUAGAUUUGGUUUGGUUAUUUGGAGUGAUGAUUCAGAAAAUUGCAUUGGAUAGACCACGUCAGCUCUCAUUCCUGAUAUGCCAUCCAGUUAGUCGUCAUCUGCUCGCCCACAGAAAACCAUAUUUAAUAAUUCUCAGGACUAUAAGAGGGUUUCGCGAGACCAGUCACUCUCAUUGUAAUGGUGUAGUAACUGUGAGGCUGUGAACCCUAUUUUAGUUCUUGCGGAUCACUGGUGGUCCAUGGACCCCAGGUUGGGAACCACUGUUUUAGCUGGACUGAAGACUUUAGUUUUCCUAUAAAAUAUGGUCUUGGCUUGUCUUGUGUUUGUUUAAUAAACCUCAGACUUUAUACCGAGAGAGCCCUGGAACAUGAGACCAUCAGCCUUGCUUUGUGUGUACUUAUCCCUGUGUAGAGUGAAACCCUUUCUGGAUAUGAGACUGUUCAAUCCCCACCUUUGGCAAAGGGUCCAUUAGGACACACAGUAUCCCUACCCAACUGCAGAGAAUGGAAGACAAAAAAUGACUACAACGACUGAUGAAGAUUCAUGAAUCUGUUGAGAUGGACAUAUUAACUACAUUGAUGAAGUAUAGAACCGCAUUGAAAGGAAAUAAGAGUAAAUAGAGAUACAAAUCAUAUAGUGAGUGAGUUUUGUAAAUUAGCGUUUGAUGUCAGUUAGUUUUGUUCUUAUUGUGCAAGGUGUGUGUCUUGUUCCCUUUAUAUUUGUUAAAUAGUCCUUUUUAAAAAAAAUGUACCAAAAUUAUUAUUUGUAUAAAAUAUUGUUUUUAAAUACCAAAAUUGUAAUUUGUGUAAACAUGCUUUGAUUUGUUUUUCUUCUUUAGUCUUUGAAUAAAUAUUGUUUUUUAAAAA